AUGGCUGUUAGCGGUACGCCACACCUGCCGAAUUAUGAACGAGAGAUAGACUUCUUAUCUGAAAUAGACACAACCACCGAUACUGAAAAACAAGCUCCCUACAGCACAGCCCCAGUUGAGGAUGUCAAGGCAGAAAGUCCUACGCCGGAUACAGAGUGGCAAAACAGAGGAGUUGUACCUCCCCCAGACGGUGGCGCAGAAGCAUGGCUACAGGUUGUUGGGAGUUGGUGCAUUAUUGUUACAUUUGGCGUCUACCAAGCAUACUACGAGCGUGGCACACUCUUCACUCAAACCCCUUUUAACAUUUCGUGGAUUGGCUCAAUUCAGUCAUUGAUAGUUUUCCUUUUGGGUGCUGUUGUGGGUGCUAUAUACGACAAAGGCUACCUCAAGCUUUUACUUGCUGUUGGCACUUUUGGGGUUGUGUUUGGACACAUGAUGCUCUCUCUAUGCACGGAGUAUUGGCAGGUCUUGCUGGCACAAGGUUUCGUUAUUGGUAUAGGAGGCGCCUGCUUGUUUGUCCCAGCACUGGCGGUAACUCAACCAUACUUCAGCUCUCGUCUUGGCUUGGCGCUUGGAGUCGUAGGCACAGGGAGCUCUCUAGGUUGCAUCGUUUACGGUGUAGUCUUUGCCAGGCUUAUCGACCGUAUUGGCUUCGCAUGGACUACGCGCACUAUCGGUUUCAUUGCGCUUGCAACAUUGGUGGUGCCCCUUGCCAUCUCAAAAAAGCGCAAACAACCUCUGCCUCCACAGACUUCGCCGACGAGCAAGAAGUCAGACUUUUCUGGUGUACUUGACGGACGUUACAUGCUCUGUGUUCUUGGGGUAUUCUUGGGCUAUGCUGGCUGCCAAGUUACCUUUUUCUAUAUUGCUUACUUCGGUCAAGCCCAGGGUUGGUUUGUCGGAAAUGUGGCACUUUACCUUGUGGUAAUUAUCAAUGCGGGCGCAAUAAUCGGACGGCUUAUGCCAAACUGGCUGUCUGAUAAGGUUGGCCCAAUUAACGUGGUUCUUCCUGGGUCCUUGUUGAUGGGAGUCUUGCUGUUGUGUAAUCUGGCUGUCGUCAAUGCAGGUGGGAUCAUUUGCAUUGCUCUUUUCUUUGGCGUCUUGUCAGGGAUAUUCGUUUCCCUUCCGCCUCUUCUGUUCAUGGCCCUCACCGAAGAUAAGUCAAAAAUGGGGGCGCGUAUGGGCAUAGCCUAUCUGUUUGUCGGUCUCAGUGUGCUUCCAGGUGGACCAGGUGCCGGCGGUGUUCUUCAACACAAGGGAUCUUCGCUCCAUUGGCAUGCAGCGUGGACCUAUGCUGGUGUCCUUCAGCUCGCAGCAUUCGUGGUCUUCUGUGUCCUCAGAGUGUGGCAGGGGGGUCUUGCAUUCACGGUGAAGAUCUAACACGGAUGAUCUGGACUUCGAGUGACGGUGGUAAUAGUUACAUAAAAGGUG